CCCCCCCAAAAAAAAACACACUCGACGUCUCCCUGAAGCCCUGACCCAGUCCUCUCGAGAGCCAUCUCCAAUGGCGAACGAGGAGCAGAAGAAAGAAGGCAGGGAAGAAGAGGAGCAGGUGGUGAACCCGUGGGAGGUCACCGCCAAGGACGGCGGCAAGAUCGACUACGACAAACUGAUCGAGAAAUUCGGCUGCCAGCGGCUCGAACGCUCCCUCGUCGACCGCGUCGAGCGCCUCACUGGCCGCCCCGCCCACGUCUUCCUCCGCCGCGGCGUCUUCUUCGCCCACAGAUCCCUCUCCCGUCAAAAAGAUGUCAUCUUUUUGCUUUCUCUUUACGUUUGGGUCGUGGCAUUGAGUGAUAUGCGCCUGGAUUGCUGUCUGUUAGGGAUUUCAAUGAGAUACUUGAUGUGUACGAGAGGGUGGAGAAGUUUUAUCUGUAUACGGGGAGGGGGCCGUCGUCGGAGGCUUUGCAUCUCGGUCAUCUAGUUCCCUUCAUGUUCACGAAAUAUUUGCAGGAUGCUUUUAAGGUUCCUCUUGUAAUACAGCUAACUGAUGAUGAGAAGUGCAUGUGGAAGAAUCUCUCAGUAGAAGAGAGUAAAAUGCUUGCUCAUGAGAAUGCGAAAGACAUAAUUGCAUGUGGCUUUGACAUAACAAGAACUUUCAUUUUCUCAGAUUUUAAUUAUGUUGGUGGUGCCUUUUAUGAAAACAUGGUCAAGGUUGCAAAGUGCAUCACGUUUAAUAAGGUUGUGGGAAUAUUUGGCUUCACACAAGAAGAUCAUAUUGGAAAAAUUAGCUUCCCGCCUGUGCAGGAAGUCCCAUCGUUCCCUAGUUCAUUUCCACAUCUCUUCCCUGGAAAGGACCAGCUUCGUUGCUUGAUACCAUGUGCCAUUGACCAGGAUCCUUACUUCAGAAUGACACGAGAUGUUGCUCCCAGGAUAGGAUACCAAAAACCGGCUUUAAUUGAAUCAUCAUUCUUCUCUGCUCUUCAGGGGGAGACAGGAAGGAUGUCAGCAAGUGAUCCAAAUUCUGCAAUAUAUGUGACAGAUUCCUCCAAAGACAUAAAAAAUAAGGUGAAUAGAUAUGCUUUUUCUGGUGGCCAAGAUUCUAUAGAGAACCACAGGAAAUAUGGAGCCAACCUAGAGACUGAAGAGUCACGUGAUACCCCUUGGUGCAUGAAAAUGAUGACUCCCUACUUUCUUGAAAGAUGGAGAAGCAUCUUCUAUCACCGAUACUAAAACAGGUUUAUAUAUUUUAGUUUAUAUUUAUUCAUAAGAAAAAAAUGAAAAACAUUCAUGAGAACCAAUUUACAUUUCUAUUCUACUUUUGAUUUUUGUCAAAUCUUCUCAUUGAACUUGAAUUUUCAUGUGAUGUUUGUACAUGGACUCUUUCACAUUCUUGUUUUAUCUCUUCCUUCUUGCCCCAGUGCAGGUACUUUGUUGGCACCUCCCAUUCUCUAAUUCACAUUUUGUUUAAAUUUAAGCCAGAAUGAGAUUCAUGACUAACAAUUCUAGAUUUUUUUUUCCCAGAUGGUGGAUGCUUUCAUGGCUGUCAGACCUCUACCCAAUAUGUUCAGCUAAAUAGCUUUUGACAUACAGAUUUCAACUCAAUUCCUCUCAAGGAUUAAAAUGAUCAAACAGCAGACUUUUUCUGCUUUACUGAUUAUCACUGAACGAAUUGUUGUACUACCUCCAUCUAUAUCACAACCAAAGAUAAGGAAAUCAUGUCUAUAGAAAUGGGAUUUCGGGAGGAUACCGAAUUUAUUUGUCCUGCAUAAGUUUUGGCAGGAAAUCUUAUUGGAAAAUUGUUCUUGUUUGAAAGAGGGCCCAGAGUAAUUUAAUUUUUUCUACUCUUUCGAUUGACACUCAAAAUACUUUUUGGUGUUACACAAGUAUUCCUGUUCUCCAGCUUGUUUGCCAUUGUGCUGAAACAGUUGUAAGUUUGAACAGUGGUAAUCUGCAUGGAUAAAACAUAAACUGAUAGUCACUUAAAAA